AUUCGCCAUCAGCUGAUUGCAGUGAGUCUCUUGGAUUACAAGGUGAUAAUGAAGAGAGUGUAACUGAUCCACCUUUACAUGUGCCAAUUGAAAAUCAAUCGGAAACUGAACCUCAACAGAAUAACAACUCUCACAUCUCAACUAUGGAUUCUCAUGAAAAUCAAUUGCCCUCAUCGUCUUCAUCAAGUGAAAAUAUGUCAUCAAUUGAUGGAUGUGCUAUCAGUCGACCCAUAAGAAAUUCACCUGAAUCUAUUGGGUCAAGUUUCGAUGGCGAAUCAAUUGGCGGCAAUGGUGCUACUGGUGGUGAUAUUGAAUCGAUUGACAGUCCAUUAGGUCAUUUUAAAACCGAUAUAUUUGACGCUGAAUACCGGAUGGACUAUCCUGGUACUCACUUGGACUGCCAAACUGACGCUGCAAUAACGAUCGCUCAACCGGCUGAUCGAACUCAAUCCAUUCCCAUUUGGGCUGACUUUUUGAUCUCAUACUCAACUGUUGAAGGUUAUUUUUCGUAUCGUAAUACAAGUUCCGGUGGAUGGUUUGUUCAAUCACUUGGUCCACUUUUAUAAAAAUAUGGAGCAAAUUACGAUUUUGUCUCAAUUUUAACCCACGUAAACAUGGUGGUUGCUCGAGAUUUCGAAGCAAGACCAAAGGGAAAACAAAUACCCCAAACUGUUCACACACUGACCAAAAAGUUGGUUUUCCGUCGAAAAA